AUGGGUAACAAAGGUGGUAAAAAAUCGCGAUCAUCUACUGAACUUUCUGAUAAAGAAAUCGCUAUGCUUAAAGCAAAUACAAAAUUCAGCGAAAGAGAAAUUCGUGAAUGGCAUGCUGGCUUUCUAAAUGAUUGUCCAAAUGGUAAACUAGAUAAAAAGAAAUUUAUUGAAGUGUACCGACAAUUUUAUCCACAAGGAAAAGCUGAUGCUUUUUGCAAAUAUGCAUUUGCCACAUUCGAUGCUAAUAAUGAUGGUACAAUUGAUUUUGAUGAAUUCCUUUUGGCAAUUGCUGCUACUAGUCAAGGCGAUGUGAAUGAUCGUCUAGAAGUUGCAUUCGAAAUGUAUGAUGCAUCAGGCGAUGGACAGAUUGAUCAAAAGGAAUUGGCUAAAAUGAUUUUGGCUAUGUAUGAUCUACUUGGUGAAACAGAUCGCAAAGGUGAUCGUGAUCCAAAAACGCGUGCUGCAUAUAUUAUUGCUGAACUCGACGUAGGUGGUGAUAAGAAAUUAAACAAGCAAGAGUUUAUUGCUGGAUGUAAAAAUGAUCCAGUUAUUCAACGUAUGCUUGCACCAAAUGUUUAA